UGGGGAGAGGACCUGGGCGUGAACGUGGCCAAAGUGGAUGUGACCGAGCAGCCGGGAUUAAGUGGACGAUUUAUCAUCACAGCCCUCCCUACCAUCUAUCACUGCAAAGAUGGAGAGUUCAGGAGAUACCAGGGAGCCAGGAAUAAAGCUGCCUUCAUUAACUUCAUCAAUGAUAAGGAGUGGAAAUCCAUUGAACCAGUGUCCUCCUGGUUCGGGCCUUCCUCUUUCCUGAUGAGCAGCAUGUCAGCCUUGUUCAAGCUGUCCAUGUGGAUCAGGCAUGGCCAUGGCUAUUUAACAGAAAAUCUUGGAAUACCAGUCUGGGGCUCCUAUGCUGUUUUUGGAUUGGCAACUCUGUUUUUAGGAAUGGUCCUGGGACUUCUGAUGGUGUUCCUGGCAGACUGCAUCUGUCCCUCCAAAAAGCACAGAGCACCACAGCUCCAGCCUCAGCCAAGGAAACAAGGUCCAGAGUCAGCUCAUGUGCUGAAGAGCAGGUAUGAAGAGCAAGGAGGAGAUGAGGGAGAUGUCUCAGAUGAGGAGACAGAGGGGAAGGAGGGGAGCAAGAGAGACUCAUCCCCGAGCGGUGUCCGGCAGCGCCCCACACCCAGGGCUGCUCCUCUGCAGAAAUCAUAGCUGCCCUUGCACCACCAUUGGUGUCUGAGUCAGCCACUCAAAGGGAGAGCAAUGACAAAUCCUCCAGCUUGAACAGAACAAAUGACUCCUGGCUUGGUAAUGUUGCUGCAUUUCAUGAAUUCGGAGGAAAUAAUAAUAAUAAUAAAAAAUAAAAAAAAAAAGCAUCAGGUAUCCCAAAGGAAAAGUUGCUGUUGCAAAUGGCUGGAACUUCUCCUGCCUGUGUGCAGAGAAGUGCCAAGGAGUAAUUGCUGUGGCUUCUGGGAUGGUUUGUUCCCUAGGGAUUAUUUGGAAGAGAAUGGAAACCAGAGUCAUUCCUGCAUUAGGGAGCAUUAGCAAGGAAAAUGCACUCACCUGGUUGUUGCUUAAACCUCCCAAAAGGGUUCCCUGCUCUUAUACUGCUUGUCAGUAUAAACCUCUCCAGCUGUGCCCUGAAGGAAUGCUGAGGGAAAAAGUUCCUUUAGUUAUGGAGCUAAAAUUCCUUUAGUUGAGGCUUUUUAUGUGACAAAAAUUGCUUUUUGCUAUGACAACGAGUGCUACAAACCCCCCCAACCUUUUUUCUUACAAAAUGCAACUUAGCACAAGCACUCCUGCAGUGGGAUCCUCUGGCUGACCAGAAACCUGCUGCUUGCAUCCAUCUCUUCCAGAAAAAGCUGUAGAAAACUCUCUGAGCUUCUUGGCAAAGCAGAUUUUCUCUAGGAGCAAGGGACAGGCAGCACCUUGAGGUGUUGUCUGUCCCUGUGACCCCACGUGGCAAUAGUUUACACACAGGUUUCUCUGUGCAAAUCCUCUCCAUUCCUCCUCCUGGAUGCCAGCAGGGCUCUGCUUGUUUUUAAUCCAUCAUUUCUUACUCAGAUCUUGCUGCAAAUCCAUGCAGGCUGUAGUUUAAAAUAACUCCUUUCUAUUUCUUUUUUUUUUUUUUUUUUUUUUCCUGUUUUCACAAAAUCAUUUUGGAACAUUAAACCUGAUUUUUUUUCUUAAAAAAAAAAUUAGUUUACUUUUGUCUGUAUGGUGUUUGUUUUCACUCUGUAUAGAAAUAAAAAGAAUGCACAUGCCCAUUGGA